GUCGGGAGAAGUAAAAGAAUUGGAAACUAUCGUAAAUGAGAAAUUAAACGUCGUAGAGAGUAGAGAUCAGGAAGUUCCAUUGUCUAAAAGAGGUAUGGACAAUUACAAUAGAGUAGCAGGCAGGAUGGGAGCUUUCGAGAAAUUAAUGGCGGAUAUCUACGACGCAGAUAAAAAUCCCGAGGGUAUCAUAAACCUCGGUGUAGCAGAAUCAGGUUUGAUGGCAGAUGAGUUAAUUGAAUAUUAUAAUACACACUUCAAACUACGCGGCUUCGAUUUAACAUACGGAAACAGUUUGGGUACAUCGAUCGAACUCGGUAAUGCUAUGGCAGAUUUCUUCAACCGUAUACUCUCUCCAGUGAAACCAAUAAGACGUGGGGAUAUCGUAGUCGGCGUCGGUAUGUCAGCUGUAAUUUCACAACUUAGUUGGUAUAUCUGUGAACGUGGUGAAGGAAUGUUAAUUGGAGCACCAUAUUACAAUGGUUUCGAUGCUGAUCUUACUGCACAAUCCCAGGUUGUACCAGUUGAAGUACAAUUCAGAGACUCUGUCGACCCACUAUCGGUAACUGCAUUGGAGGAUUUCGAGAGAGUACUUCUCGAAUCUGAGAAAAAAGGCACAAAAAUAAGGGCUUUACUUGUAAGUUCACCACAGAAUCCUCUAGGUUGGAUUAUAUCACGCGAGACAUUGAUUGCAUACGGUAAAUUCGCCCAGAAGUAUAACAUUCACUUCAUUUGCGAUGAGAUAUAUGCUUUGUCGACAUUUAAGAGCAAAGAUGUACCAUCUCCACCAGAGUUCAUCAGUGCUGCUUCAAUAAAUUGGGAAGAACAUGGCGUUGACCCCUCAAGAGUGCAUAUUUUAGUAGGUGCUAGCAAGGAUUUCGCUAGUAAUGGUUUACGAGUCGGUGGACUUAUUUCGCAAUAUAAUAGGGAUCUCAUUAGUGCUCUCGCUACUAGUGCUAUUCUAAUGAAACUUUCUAGUCCGUCAGAUAUACUCUGGAGGACACUCCUCGCUGAUGAAAAGUUCAUGGAUUGGUAUAUUCCUGAAAAUCAAAGACGAUUGUCUGAUUCCUAUAAUUUCGCCACGGAUUGGUGUAAACGUUUAGGAAUCCCCUACGAGAAAGCAUGCGCUGGAUUCUUCUUCCUUAUCGAUCUCAGGGGAUACUUCCCAACGCGUAAUGCAGCUGGUGAUAUCCUCGAUAGUGAUGAGAAACGCCUUCAAGAACUCUCUUCACGUUUAGUUGCCAACAAAGUGCUUCUCAACCCUGGUACGAGCUAUCACCAUAGGGUUCUUGGGAUGUUCCGUCUCACUCACACACUCUACCCAUCCGUGCAGGAAACCGGAUUGGCGAGAGUAGAAAAAACACUUAAAGAAAUACGUAGUGGAAAUGUAUAAGCUUUAGUUAAACUUUCCUUUUGUGCAACUUUAUUUAUGUAAUACAAUAUUUUUACAAAGCUUGGAAAUUAAUAUGAUGACUUUCUUUUCGACGCUCUGCCUCGUCUUCCUUUUUCUCAUGUAUGUGUAAUCCAAACACGACAGCGCCGAAGAGGACGCAAAGGACUGCUACGACGACAGUAACGAAGGGGAUCCAUUUGUUAGUUUUCAAGUACAUCUCUAUAUGCCAAUCGUGGUUGUAGUAGGCUGGUGUGAUGAUUACUUGUGAAUUUGGUAUAAUACCUUCAAAAUUCAUAUGCUGCGAGCUUCCAUUUUUGGACGUACUUCCCACAUGAAGGUUCUCGAUGUAAUUGUUAGUCCUUCCUAGUCCUAUGACACUGUAAGGGGUUAAAAGCGCAUCGAAUGCUGUACUAGGUAGUUGUGGUAUUGAGGCAGCCAUUCGUUUUCCAUUCGUAUCGAGUAUUGUGAAUUUGUAUGUACCACCUAUUGCAUUGACACCGAAUGGUUUGUAUCUCCCAGCUGUUGGACUGUCGCACCAAUUUUCACAUGCGCCAUUCAACAUUAAUGUCUUGAUGAAAAACGCGUCAUUCGCUAUAUUAUUCUUGAUAAAUGUUACAGAGUUCAAGCGUUGGAGCAUAAUGUCUAAGCUACCAUCUUCAUCUAUAUCAAUCCAACUAGCUGCUCUUACAUCCUUGAUGUCCUUCAAUAUGGUUGUUUUGGAAUCAUCACGUAAUGUUAAACUACGUGUUUUGUUGACAAGUACAUUAUCGAGGAUGGCACCACGUGUGGUGGAUCCAUCUGAAAGUAAGCAAAGUAUAUCUGGAAAACCAUCUAAAUUGUAGUCACCGAUUUUGAGACUGAGUGGUAAACCAGGUUGGAGUGAAUGGUCUACCAUCUUAAGUCGCAAAUUGGAAUUUUGAGUGAGCUGUUCAAUUGGAAUUUUGAGCCUCUUUUCCUGGUUAUAUUCAAAUUUAUCGUCUGCUACACAAAGUUCAGAAGGCGAUCUACAUUCACCUCCACCGCCUGAGAUUAGUGAAGGAUGUAGCAAUGCUUCAAAGCUACGUGAAUCUACGCAAAGUGGUAUUUGUUUAUUGAAAACGACAUUAAUUGAGCAACUUUUACCUAAGCCAUCCCGUGUAGUUGACUCACAGGUGGGAAAAAUCAUAUCAAUUGUACCAUCUCUAUCGAAAUCUGCAAAUGAAAUCAUACCAGUUCCUUUUGGAAGUGAGUUUUGAGAAUGUAAGACAAAGUUGUCAUUAGCUGGGUUAUUAAGCCAUAUUUGAUAGCUUGGUUCAUGUCCAGAACAAACGAGGAAGAGAUCGGCGAGACAGUCUCCAUUGAGGUCUAUGAAAGCAUUGCUGUGUGUCUGGCUCAUCUUACAAGGUGUGCCAGUGGAUGUGUCGAAAUUGGGUUCUAUAAUGUCGUACGGCUGGUCGCGAUCAUCGAGAGUAUUGGAGUAUAAAGACAAUUGAUCAUCUUUGGUACCCGCAUCGUAACGAUAAGCGAGGAAAUCGUUCGAUAGUCUACCUUGUGCAUCGAAGAAUGUCGGUUGGGUGUAUGAUAUGUUAGGAAGUUGUACUGGUGAUUCAAAACCGCCAUUGCCAUCACCGUGGAAUAAAUAAAGUUGUAUCUCUGUCGUUGUACGCCCCUCACCGACAGCCAUUACAUCGAGUUUACCAUCGUGGUCGAUAUCUGUAGCGACUAAAGUUGAUAUUUUAAAAGGAACGCUAACUGUUGAAUUACUCUCAAAGGUGUAUUUGUCAUGAUUCCAUAGAUGCGACCGUAUUGUCUUCUGGUCAGCAUCGACAGAGAGGAUAUCUAAAUAUUGAUCACCGUUGAGAUCUCCUAAUGCAGAUACGCGACCUGAUAUUCCGUCUAAACCUAGUUCUCCAGCGUCAAUUAAACCAUCCUGUGUGAAUCGCUGCUUAGUGGAAAUAUCCCAGCCAUAAGCCAAAGUUGUUAAACUAGUUGUAGCUAAAAGUAUUCUAUUAUCUAUUAUUCUCAUUUCGUAGUCCUUGAUUAAGAACAGCGAUGAGUGUGCUGGAUCAUCCGAUAGAAUUUCUACCAACGAGUACGCAAUGGAGUGAAGAUAACAAUCCUGGUAAGCCACCUACCAGAAGAUUAAAGAGGCUUUCUCUACUCAACGGAAAAGAUAACGAUAGACGGCGAUCUGAGAGUACGGAAGCGGGUUCAUCGAUAAGCUCAUUAAGUAGCGUGAGGAGGAGCAGUACUCUAAGUACGAUUGCUACACCAAGAAAAUACAAGCCAAGUACAGAAUACAUCCCUUAUCGUGCACACAAUAGACAUUCAUCCAGUUUGGAUAGCUACUCUAGCGAGAGCAGCACACCUUUACAACAUACACCGCCGAUGACGCUAUUUGAUCAACACGCUCCUUUAUUAGCCAAUAUAGCUCACAAAGAGUCUGUUGUCAACGAUCUUAGAUAUGAGCUCGACUUACACGAGAAAGAGCUCAGGAAAUUACGGAUGGAUUGGCGGAGGAUCACGGCUGCUGCUAACGCUAACAGCAAUAGGAGAAAUAGCAAGGAUAACAAUAGUGAUGACCAACAGACGCUGGUGCAGGCACCUACAGCGCACAAUAGAACUCCCUCACCAUUAAAUGCUAAUAUGCAGCCCCGUAGAAUGUCACAUACGGAAAAUACACCAAAUGCGAUCAUACAACAAGGUGUUGAUAUGUUGGUAGAGGGUGUCGGUGCAUUCUGGGAUGGAUUCAAGAAUGGACCAGGUCAAGGACCACCAAGACGAGCAUAACUUUAAUGUAACAUAUACAUAAUUCUUACAUACAAUAUCGUUGAUUAUUC